AUGGCCAAUAAUCUUAUCUCCGCCACCUUCGCCCUCGUGCUUUUCUCCCUCCUCCUCGCCGGAAAAUCGCAAAACUUCUCGACCAGUUUGCCACGAUCAGCGCUGCGACUUGGGCGGCAAAACCUAACCCACCUCCACUUCUUCUUCCACGACGUUGUGAGUGGCCCAAACGCCACCGCCAUGCGGGUGGCUACCUCCCGCAUUACCAACACCUCCGCCACCGGAUUUGGGGCGGUGGUGAUGAUGGACAACCUUUUGACGGUGGGGCGGGAACCGAACUCCACCCGUGUGGGAAGAGCACAAGGGAUGUAUGCAUCGGCCGAUUUGAAUGAUAUGAGCUUUAUGAUGGUUCAAAACUAUGUGUUUGACGAGGAGAGGUAUAAUGGAAGCACUUUGAGUAUAUUGGGUCGGAACCCUAUUAUGUCGCCGGUGAGAGAGUUUCCGGUGGUCGGAGGGAGCGGUGUUUUCCGAUUUGCUCGUGGGUAUGCCGAAGCUCGAACGAUUUACCUGAAUGAAACUAGUCAAGAUGCCAUCGUGGAGUACGAUGUUUAUGUCCUCCAUUGAUGAUUUAAUACGUUCAAUAUUUGAGCAGAAGCUGGUCUUGCAUAGAACCACCAUCACAUCACAUGUUAGAAUUCAUUUCUGUAUAAUUGUUUAUGUUUUUUAUCCCA